AUGCGUUCGAUUAGCCUCCUUCUGCUCGGUGCUGGCUUUGCUGUCGGCACUGCCCUUCCGCCACUCGGCUACGAGCGCAAGCUCCUGAGUGAGAUUAUCGACAAGCGGCAGUCCGGGGGUGGGUGCUUGGGAGGCGAUGCCCCUUCUGUGGAGGCACCCAAGUCAAACGUAUGGGCUCCGAUCACCCCAGAGGAGAACCUGGCUGUUUGGAACCUGCUACAUGACGAAGCCACGGGCCUGAACUUGACGCAUCCAGAUGACGCCGUGCUUACAGACAACUAUGUCUUUUGGAUUGACACAUUGCACACCAACAAGACUGAUGUGCUCCCGUAUCUGGACGGAGAUGGGCCUUUGCCACCAAAGUACGCCCGUGUAAUCAUCUUUGAGGGCGGCAAGGACGAGCCGGGCAGCCAGGAAUACAUGGUUGGACCACUUCCAGUCAGUGAUGAGACGUCCGUGGAACCACUGGACUAUGUCUACAAUGGUGGCACCGGCGGUUUUGUGCCGUACAACGCCCGCUAUCACGACACGCCAAAGAACGCUGCCGUUGAGCCUCUAGUGGUCGAGAUCAUGACCAACAUCUCGGACAUUACGCAAGCUCUAUUCCAGGGAGCGGCCUACUACGGCAGCGCCGACGAGCGGACAAAUCUAUCACAGUCGGUUCCCACGCCCCUCUCGUUCGACGGCAGCCAGGCCAUGCGCAUCAUCCUCUGGCGCUUCCCCGGCACAGCCUCGUACCUGACUCCACUCGAUUUUUACACCAUCCUCGAUUGUCCCGGCACCGACCCCGCGCACUACAAGCUGCGCGGCUUCGUGACCAACGAAAAGUUCUACGCCACCGAAACCGAGCUGCGUGCCGCCUUCGACGCCGGCGAGCUCGCCCAGGAAUUCGACCAGACCACCGACACGGACUGGGCGAUCGUCGACUACAAGCCGGAGCUCGGCGUGCGCGAGCUGGAAGACCAGUUCGCGCCGUCGAGCAUCGAGAUCGGCGGCAAGCGCUACAAGGUCGACGUCGAGCAGCGCUAUGUCGAGUACAUGGGCUGGUCCUUCUACCUGAGCUACACCCGCACCCUGGGCAUCAUGUUCUACGACAUCAAAUUCAAGGGCGAGCGCAUCCUGUACGAGCUCUCGCUGCAGGAGGCCUUGGCGCAGUACGCGGGCUUCCAGCCCAAGGCCGCGGGCACCACGUACCACGACACGUACUACUCGCUGGGCACCGACAUGUAUCCGCUCGUCGAGGGCUUUGAUUGUUCCUUUGGCUCGACGUUCCUCAAUGUGAGCUACCAUUCCGGCAACUCGACGACGGUCAAUCCCAAUGCGAUCUGUAUCUUCGAGCAGGACUCGGGCUAUCCGCUUUCGCGACAUUUGUAUGGCGGUGGCAACGGCAGUUACGGCUUCUCGAGGCUAGGUGUUACGAAGGGUGCGGCACUCAUCACCCGUGCUAUUGCGACUAUUGGAAACUACGACUACAUGUUCGACUACGCCUUCCACCAAGACGGCUCCCUAGAAGUCACUGUGCGCGCCUCCGGCUACCUACAGUCCUCCUUCUACUACCCCGGCCAAAACAAGUACGGCCCGCGCAUCCAGCAAGCCACGCAGGGCUCCCUGCACGACCACAUUCUCAACUAUAAAGCCGAUUUCGACGUUGUAGGCACCGCCAACAGCUUCCAGAUCAGCGACCUCGUCGUUGUCAACCAAACACAGCCCUGGUUCCCCGAGCUCGGCGAGUUCGAGCAGAUGGAGCUUGACGUGCAUAAUCUCGAGACUGAGGCGCAGUUCAACUGGGCGCCGAACAAUGAAGCCAUGUAUUGCGUUACGUCUGCGGAGGAGACUAAUGAGUGGGGCCAGCCGCGCGGUUACCGUAUCUUGCCAGGCCGCUCGAACCUGCAUUUGACGCCGCUAAAGUCACCGUUUUCGACUCGGAACGCUGAGUUCGCUAAGACACAUCUGGCGGUGACGCGCCAGAAGGAUACGGAGCCGUGGAGCAAUAGCGUGAUGAACGUGAAUCUGCCGGCGAAGCCGCAGCAAGAUUUUGCGGCGUUCUUUGAUGGCGAGAGCGUCGACGGCGAGGAUCUGGUCGUCUGGUUCAACUUGGGGAUGCAUCACUUUACGAGAUCUGAAGAUAUUCCCGUCACGCUCUUCACCGAGGCAUAUUCGAAUAUUGUGUUCGCGCCGCAAAACUUCUUCGAUCGGGCGCAGGAUGGAGAUUUGCUGAACAGACGCUACAUCACCGUAGAUGCUGAGACCGGAGAGUUGGAGUAUGAUGCGUACAACGUCUCGUUGCCGAGCUGUCCUUUGAGUCUUGAGGAGCCGGUACUGGCCGUGUUGCCACAGGGCGAGCUAUGA